AUGUGGUUCCAGCUUCCUCAUUGUAAUCAGAGAGCCGUCCGAAGCAGUAAGGGACAGCAAAAGUUUAACAUUAAACAAUUCGUAGAUUAACAUAUGGCCUUUAUAUUUAAAAAUAUAUGGAAUACUUGAUUUAUUUUCCCAGUUCACACCAGAGCAGUGCAGGAUUGUCAUCGUGAUGAUACAUGCUUAUUCCCUCCUGUACCACAUGCUUGAACAGCUUAAUAUGAAUGUGAUUAUUAAUACGAUUUGAAUCAUUAACUGUAGCUCCGAGCAGGGCGCGCAUCACUGCGGUUGCGCAGCUCGCCUCAGACUGAUGGCGUCACAGAAACGGCGCACGUUUGCCACGUUGGUCGCCGUGCAGAAGCGACAGGUUUGUUUCAAGGCGGUAGAAGUUUGUCUCUCUUUUUAAAAAAAGAAAGAAAGGCAGACCUUUUACGAGGAAGAUUUAGUGCCAUCCAACUCCAUAUUGUUGUGCGUGUGCAAUCGCCAGCUCUUGGUACCGAAAUACUCCGGAUAGCCGAGGAUUUAUAUAUUUGUAAUUUUGAUUUCUUCCACAAAACGAGAAAGCGAUGAUCUCUUAGGACACGACUGCAGCCCGAAUGCACGUCUGACCGAUGCCUCCGGACCGACAGCAGCCGUCCUGCAUUUAUGUGUUGGCCCGUUCUCUGCUUGGCUCUGAGGUUGCUGCGGCGAGCAGCCGGGGUCACCGGGGUCGCCGGACAUGCCCGGGGGUCGGAGGGGUCCGACUAGGCAGCAGCUGAGCCGCUUGACGGUGCCGUCGCUGCAGACGCUGGUCGGGUCCGGCUGCAGCAACGGGGCAGGGCUCCGGGGCAGGGGCAGUAACUCCAUGGGUCUCCCUCCGGCCCCCCUGACGGCCCUCAUUGCCCCAGAGCCCGUGCGCCACUCUCGGAUCCCCGAUCUCCCGCUGGAGAACCCCCUGGUGUUUGAGCUCCUGCUCUUCCUCUACCUAUUGGUGGCGUUGUUUGUGCAGUACAUCAACAUCUACAGGACGGUCUGGUGGUACCCCUACAGCAACCACGCUGCCUCUACCUCACUGAACUUCGAUCUGAUGGACUGUGACCUGGCUGUCUUCAUUAGCAUUAUGCUAGCCAGGAGGCUAGUAUGGACUGCCGUCUCUGAGGAGACUCCCUGCAGCUCCCAGCUCAAGUACGUACUUCUAGUGUCGUUCCGUCUGGUCCUGCUGGCGGCGUCUUCCUGGGGACUCUGCCUGACGCUGGCCAGCCUCUUCAGGAAUCACUCCGUGCUCAGCUUGCUAUUCCUGGGCUACCCGUUGGCAGUGUACGUUCCUCUCUGCUGUUUCUACCGCGAAGGCCAGGCGGUGUCCGUCGCCGCUGACUUCGGCUGCCUGGAUCGGGAGGCGGACAGCUUGACGAGGCGGCCCCUGGACUUUCUGAAGCUCCUACGGGAAAACCUGUGGGAGCAGCUGUCAGGCCCCGCCCCCAUGCCCGCCCACACCUGCCCGCCGUCACCCGAGCUUAUCCGCGGGGAGGUGGAGGCCCUCAAGGCUGACUUCAACCGCCGCAUCAAGGAGGUGCUCUUUAACUCGCUGUUCAGCGCCUACUAUGUGGCUUUCCUGCCGCUUUGCUUCGUUAAGAGCACGCAGUAUUACGACAUGCGCUGGUCCUGCGAGCACCUGGUCAUGGUGUGGCUCAAUGCCUUUGUGAUGCUCACCAGCCAGAUGCUGCCCCCUAGCUACUGCGACCUGCUUCACCGCUCGUCCGCCCACCUGGGCAGGUGGCAGAAGCUGGAGCACGGUUCCUAUGGCAACGCACCCCAGCACCCGUGGUCAGAUGCCACUAUCUGGCCCCAGGGGGUCCUGGUGCGACACAGCCGGUCCCUCUACAAGGCCAUGGGGCCCUACAAUGUUGCGCUGCCCUCGGACGUGUCUCACGCCCGGUUUUACUUCUUGUUCCACAAGCCGCUGCGGGUGCUGAACUUGCUCAUCGGCAUCGUGUCCAGCGUAGUUUUCUACCAGUUCUACUCACUGCUGCGCUCCGAGUGCUGGAACCACACGCUGUCGCUGGGCCUCAUGCUGUCGUGUAACUACUACAUGCUCUUCAAGCUGCUGCGGGACCGCAUCGUGCUGGGAAAGGCCUACCGCUUCACCCCCAGCGGCUCCAGCGUAGCCUUCAAGUCCCAGUGACCACCAGGACUGUGAUGUGGCUAUGAACUCGUACAUUUUGAUACUAUUCUAUUUUUCAGCUUUGUAUCUAUUUAAGAGAAAAUUAGUUCUAUAUUUUGUAUACUGUAAGGAAGUAUCCCUUUUAGCACAGUGCAUAUUGGCUGUGUGGCCCAGUCAUUCCGUGAUGGUGCCUCCCUGGGGUUUAUCCUGACAGCCAACGGGCAGAGAGCUGGUGACACAGGGAGCCAAUCCUAGAGGAGGCCGCGGCAAGUCGGAUUCGAUCUUUGCCGAAUCACAGCUGUGAGUUGCCUGGAUACACCUGCUGACUGUGUUUGGGAGGAAACCGGACCAUGGGAUUCUGUCCCAGAGCCAAGCUGCCGUGGCAGGAUUUCCUGUGGCACAGAGCCCAGGACUCCGAGUGCCAAGCUGCAGAUGUCGCAGCCGGGUGGUCAGGGGCUGCAGGGAGGCCUUCCUGGCAUGUCCUUGUUUUUUACCUCGGGUGUCAUUAUGUGGACAGAGGUCACCACGUGGUCUUUCGACUUUUUUUUUUAUCAUGCCAAUGACCUUAAUAAAAACCAAAACUGUC